UGUUUUGACAGUUUCGCAAGUGUCUGCUAUUCAAGAUCAAAGGAUGUAGGAACUGUACAUUACGUCAGGGAAAUUCCCUUAAAAAACAUCACUGUUAUUUCUUAAGUAUAGGGAAGUGCUCGUCGACCAUUAAGAAAUUGUGACUUUAGUCAGUGCAAAGAAUUUCCAUCAUGUCACUAGGACGUAUUAAAGGGAAAUGCUUCACCCAAAAACUUUUGUUCAUUGAUGAAGCUGAUAGUGAAACAGUGAAAGGGAUUGCAAUAAAUCUUUUUGAUUUCUAUACAGAACUUUCUGUUUCUCAGUUCAAUAAAAACAAAUGGCGCAAGGAUUGGAAAACCUUAGGGCAAUUGUGCGAAACAUGCUUCAAAGAUGAUAUCUCGGAAGUUGUGGUUUAUUCCAGUCCCUUGACUAAACUCAACAGAAAUGAAAACCUCUUGUAUCACGCAUUUGCUGUUUUCAAAACUGUAAAUGUUGUAAGUGGACAGAUAGUCUGGUGGUCUGUAGAAAAGAAUGGAGAACACAUUGUUUUGCAGAGGACUGUUAACCAAGACCAAAGUUUUGUUCGAGAUUAUUUGUAUACUGAGAACGAAUCUCAAGAGUCUAUGACAACACGCAAUACUCCCGUGAAAAUGUUGUCCGAAUCUCCAGGACGUGGAACUCUUUUCGAUUUCUUAAGGGCUCUCGUCGAUAGACACGAUUUGAAUGAAAGAUAUCAUUUCUUUGCCAGCAACUGCCAAGAGUUUGCAUCGUUUGUAUUCAACACCAUCAGCGGAAAGAAGAAAAAAUGGAAUGCGACGGUUGACGGCGCCUUAAUGAAGACACUCACUCGAAAGAAAAAAUAUCCCUCAAUAUUCACCGACGCAUUUUUCGGUUUCCAUAUUGAUAACAGAGCAAUUGUCGAAUUUCAUCGAGAUCGCUGGAUAGCAAAACUUCUUCGUCGUCGAUUUAUUCCUGUAAUGCUCGUGCGUCACAGGAGAAGAGACAACUGCGUAUCUGUGAGAGUUGAAUCGGCUGAUGGACGUGGAGUCAAUGGUGCAGUUGGAGGAAGAGAUUUCGUAGCUAUCAACCAAGUGAUUGAUUUCAAAGCCAACGAAGUCGAAAAACAAAUAAUUGUAGAAAUUCUACCUGCUGAUUCCAACAACAGACAUGUUAUCUUCUUUCUAUUAAAACUGUUUUUAACCGGUCCCACUGCUGGCGAGAAUCACGAUGUAAUGAUAGGGUACUAUUCGUCUCAAAUGAUUGAAGUUUUAUUGGCCGAUGAAUGCAACCAAAACGAAAUUUGGACGAACUUUCCUUUGCGCAAAAUCAUUUAAUGUUUUAAUGUUUAAUGUUGCCUUUAUAAAUACAAUAUUUUAUCCAACA